CUCUUUGGGAUGGGGAACCCCUUAUUGGACAUUUGUGCUGUGGUGGACAAAGACUUCCUCGAUAAAUACACUCUGAAGCCAAAUGACCAGAUCCUAGCUGAGGACAAGCACAAAGCCCUGUUUGAUGAACUAGUGAACAAGUUCAAAACGGAAUACCACGCUGGGGGAGCCACUCAGAAUUCCAUUAAGAUCGCUCAGUGGAUGAUCCAAGAGCCUCACAACGUGGGCACGUUCUUCGGAUGCAUCGGCCAAGACAAGUUUGGAGCGAUUCUGAAGAAGAAGGCAGAAGAGGCACACAUCGACGCUCACUACUACGAGCAAGACCAAGAGCCCACGGGCUCGUGUGCCGCAUGCAUCACUGGAGCCAACCGGUCGCUGGUGGCUAACCUGGCUGCUGCCAACUGUUAUAAGAAGGAAAAGCAUCUGGACCUAGAAGAAAAUUGGAAGCUGGUGGAAAGAGCUAAAGUUUAUUAUAUUGCCGGUUUCUUCGUGACAGUGUCUUUGGAGUCCAUGCUAAAAGUGGCAAAGCACGCAUCAGAAAACAACAAACUGUUCUGCCUAAACCUGUCUGCACCCUUCAUCUGCCAGUUCUUCAAGGACCACCUCAUGCAGCUCAUGCCCUACGUGGACGUGCUCUUUGGAAAUGAGAUGGAGGCAGCUGUAUUCGCUAAAGAGCAAGAAUUUGAGACCAAAGACAUUAAGGAGAUUGCCAAGAAAGCGCAAGCUCUGCCCAAAGUCAACACCAAAAGAAAACGGAUUGUUGUCUUGACUCAGGGGAAGGAUGAAACUGUGAUGGCUCUCGGUGACAAAAUUGAGACCUUUCCAGUGAUGGCGAUUGAUCCCAAAGACCUAGUGGACACAAAUGGCGCUGGUGACGCAUUUGUUGGAGGUUUCUUGUCUGGGCUUGUCCGAGAAAAACCUUUGGACCAAUGUGUGAAGGCAGCUCACUACGCUGCCAAUGUCGUCAUUAGAAGGUCGGGUUGCACUUUCCCCGAAAAGCCAGAUUUUGUUUGA